UAGCAGAUUAAUUAGGAGUAAUUAAAAAUAUAGUAAUUUCUGACACAACAUAAUAUUAAAAAUCUUUUUAAUCAGUAUAAAUUCUUAUAUUAUAAGCAAAAAUAAUUUAAAAGAUUUAAUAAGUUGAUAGAAAAUUAUUCUAUCAUAAAUAAAACUCCUAAUUAGAUAAAUAAUACAUGUAAAUAAUGAAAACGAUAUCGUAAACAUUGAAUGUGUUUUUAAUUCCUAACGAGAAUCCUAUAAAGGCUCUAAAUAUAAUUUCUACUUAAACAAUAACAUAUAACGUUUUAAAAGAAAAACAUUUGAAACUAUUCUAAAAUGCAUACUAUGAUAGUAUAAAUAUAAAAAAAGACUAAGAAAAUCUAUAAUACCAUGUAAAUUAUUUAGAAUAUCCUUAUUCUGUAAUAACUUAUGAUGAUAAUUUCCCUUACUCAACGAAUCAUCCAUUUAUCAUAAAUGAAAAGACAAUAACUUUUGAAUUUAAUUAAUAAUAAAUACAACUUGAUAUUCCUUUAUUCAGCAUUUACAAUUUAUCUAAAGCAAUAGAUAAUGUUGGGAAUUAUAUUUGUAUAUAAAAUAUUAAAGGAAAAUGGAUGACUAAAGAUUGUAUACUUUUAUAUUAUAUUAAUGACUAAAAUCAAAUAUAAUAAUUAAUAUGUUAAUGCAAAACCCAAGGAAAAUAAACUCUUGUUAACGACAUAAAUCAAGUAUUUAAAGAGGUUCCUAUAAACUAAUGGUAUUUGUAUGCUUCUGUGUGGACUUUAGUUGCUACUACCAUAAUUUAUGUGAUGUUAUUUAUAUAUUUAUAAUAAUUAGAUAAUAUUCAAGACUAAAAAAUGUAAAAAAGCGCAAUAAAAAGAAAUUAAAUCACAGAAAUUAUUUUUUAAAAAAAUGUUAAUGAAUAAGAACGAAAUAAAUAAUUAGAUAAUAUUUUAAAAAACGAUGAAUAAAUACAAAAAUAGUAUCCUAUAAAAACUCCAAAUUAAAAAAUAAAUUCUUUAGCUGAAUUUUAAAAUAAUAAAGAAUUCUGCUAGAAUUAAGUCUCAUAAUAUUAAGAUAGUUUAAUUAAAAUUGAAAGAGAUACAUAAUCAAACAAUUUAUUAGGUUCUUUAAUCUCAUAACAGAUAUAAUCUGAGAAAUUACAAGGCAAAAUAAUGCCAUUAAAUAUUCAAUCUAAUACAAUAGAAAAUAAAAGUAGGCAAAUGGAUGUAAAUUAAUUAAAAGGAGAUAAUUAAUUGACAACAGAAGAUAAGAUAAAAACAUUAAUUACACAUAAAAUUAGUAAAUUAAAUACAUAAAUAAAUGCUAAAGUUGUUUUAUAAUAAAAUAACCAAGAAGAUGACAUACAACCUCAAAAAGAUUAGGAUAAAAUUUAAGAUACAGAAAAAAAUCAGGUUAAAGUUUAAAAAAAUAAUUUGGUUAAAAGAAAAAAAAAUUAAUCUAGUUUGAUUCGAUAGUAAAGUUAAUUAAACUCAUAAAUAAAUAAAAUUGUGAAAAGCGACUAUAAAUAUGAAGAAAAAACAAAGGAUAGUAGCAAUUAUGUUUAAAAAGGUCUAAAUAAAAUUAGUUAAUAAGUUUAAUCAAAUAUAUUUACUAAAAAUAGCUCCUUAUUACAAAUAAAUAAUAAAAUUUCUUUUUCUUUUUAUGAUUAGAGUAUUUUGUAAAACUUUUUAUAAGAAAGUAGAUUUGUUUAAAUUAUAUGUUUACAUGAAUUAAUUUUAAUAUUUAUUCUUUUUAAUUAAUUUUUAAGUAGGCCUUUUAGAAUAACAUAAUAAUAUAUAAAAUACGUUAUUCUUAUUACUUUUAAUUCCAUUCUAUUUUAUAAUUUAAAAGCUGUCUUUAUAAUAUUAGCUAAUUGUUUAUUGCUAUUAAUUAUUAACUUAAUCAUUGUUUUAAUAGAAAGUGUCUAUAAAAUGAAUAAAAGAAUAGUUAUAUAUUUAAUUUAUCUCAUUUUUAUUACUAUAGUCAUAAUUUGCUUUUACAUUAUUUGUAUUAGUAUUUAAAAUAAAUUUUAUAAAUAAUACAAUGAUUGGUUGCCUUUUUAUUUUUUAGUAAUUAUUUUUGAUAUUCUUAUUUAUUAAAUUAUUUCUGCAUUUAUUAAAUAUGAGCUAUUUAUUUAAUAUAUUACUAGUGUUAUAAAUAGAAAAUGCAAUAGUAUUAAAA